AUGACAUACCCAUUGCAAAAGGGCAAGGAGGAGUGGCAGGCUCAGUUGAGUCCUGAGCAGUUCCGCAUCCUCCGCGAAAAGGGCACCGAGUCUCCCUACAGCAGCGACUUUGACAAGCACAUGCCCUCCGAGGGUGUCUACACCUGUGCUGGCUGUAAUACUCCCCUCUACAAGGCCAACCACAAGUUCAAGUCUGGCUGCGGCUGGCCCGCUUUCUUCGAUGCCGUGCCCGGCGCUGUGACCAGACACACCGACCGCACUUUCGGCAUGGAGCGCACUGAGAUUGUUUGCUCCAACUGCGGCGGUCACCUCGGUCAUGUUUUCAAGGGCGAGGGAUACCCUACUCCCACCGAUGAGCGUCACUGCGUGAACGGAGUCUCGCUCUCCUUCAACAAGAAUGACCCCGUGAAGGACUCCAAGGCUUAG